AUGUUCCGCAAUCGCGGCGGCAUUUGUUCCGAGGGCCGGGAAGUGGGGCAGGGCGGCGUCGGACGCACCGGAUUGUUUCGCUGCGAGCCGAGCGACUACUGCAGAUUGGAAAGGGAGCAACAAAAGGCGAAUGAAUUGCUGCCUCUUUUGAAUUUCCGCCGCCGUUUGCCGCGUGGCCUUUUACGCGGGCGCGGGACGGAUUUCGACGGCCGCUCGGGCCAGUGCCCCGACGUGUGGAUGACGUGCCGGUAU